CUGCCCGCCAGGCGCACAAGCGAUCUGUUGGGAUUUGGAUGGACUGGAGCAGCUGAAAGAAUGAAAUAUAGCCAGGUCAGUGUGUUGGCUUCAGAAGCUAUGCAUGCAGCAUGCAAACACCCAACUUUGUGGGAUCAGUUACAGGAGAGUUUGAAGACCGUGAUAGCUAAGAGCCAUGAGUAUGAUCAGCUAAAGGAAAAUUUGAGUAAGAAAACGGCUGAUCUUAGUACUUGUGCAAUUGAAUAUGUAGAUGAUGGUGAAGGCAACAUAGUUGAAGUUCAUGAUCCUAUUAAAGUAUCAACGAAAGGUGCAACUAAGGUAGAUGAGAACCGCCCUAUGUCGAAAAAUGGUAGGCCACUUUCGUACGACGAGAUCAGAAUCAGGUGCGGCGCAUGCAAAUUGCUAGGGCACACUAAACGCAGCAAGAAAUGCAAACUAAAUAAGAAAAGCGUGGUGGGCGAAGAAGAGUAGAACAGUUGCUAAAGUUAUGUUAGGAUGAAUCCAGUGAUCUAAUAGUGAGGUGUUUACAAUGUGUUACUGCAUACAUGAUA